AAAUGAAACUUCAAAUCAAAUUCAAAGACAUUUCGUGCAGUUUGUUGUGGUGAAUUUAUUUCCUAGUUAUUUUGCCAAAUACUCUUUAUAACGUGAAUUUAUUUCGAUGAUAUAGCUUUCUACACUUUUUAUUAACAUGGAGGAAUCAAUAGCCACCCAGCGUGGCAAGAGGCAGAAGGUGGACAAGCACGGGCGCCUGUCCGCCUUCGAGAAGCUGAAGCAGCUGAAGGGGACCAAGAACAAGUAUGCGGUGGACGAGAUGGAGAACGUGUACGACACGGUGGACGAGACAGAAUACUCGGAGCGCGUGCUGCGGCGGCAGGACGACGACUGGAUCGAGGAUGACGGAGGUGGUGGUGGCUAUGUUGAGGAUGGCCGUGAGAUCUUUGAUGAUGAUGAGAUUGAAGACAGCUAUGUGGUGUCCAAGGAAUCAGGCCGAGGACAGAAAAGAAAAGCAAGAUUAGCGGCCCAGCCAUCUGGCAAAGGAAACAUUAGAAACCUCCUGGGAGCUAUGCCUAGUAAAAAGAAAGAGGAGACCAAAAUAUCAGAUGAUAAUAUUCUAUCAGAUAUUAUAUCUGAUCUAGACAGCAGUGCAGCCUCAACAGCUGUGAAGCCAAAGCCCCUAACCGUAACUAAAGCCAAUGUUGUGGAAUCUAACAAGAGGGAUGCACAGAAUUACUUCAAGAAUUUAUCAGCAAAUGUGAAGAAAACCACUACUACUGCAGCUAGUUUCAUCAAAGAAAAUACACUAGUUGUCAAAGAGGAGAAAAAGAUACAAGAAAAGCCAAAAGAAAAUGGAGUAAGUAAACCCAUACCAGAACAAAAACAAAUAGAAAAGCCCCCAACCAAGAAAACCGAGUGGAAAAUAGACAAAGAAAUCAAACAAGAACUAGAGGAUUCAGCCACACAGAACAUUGAAGAGUUUCAAACACAGGACAUUGACUUUGAUGAUGACUUCAGCAAUGAUGCUGUGGCUGCAAUCAAGACACCAGUCAAAGCCGAACCCUCCAUCCCAAGCUCUUCAAACACCAUCACAGAUGUUGCAGAGGAAUUUCUGAAUGAUGAAUUUGACAUAUUCAGUACAAAGAAACAGUCACCAAAAGAGCUGAAACCCCUUUCCAGCAACUGGUCUGAUCAAAUGGGCGACAACCAGGUGGCUGCCUCGGUGCAGGUGGACAGCACGCAGCUGCCGCUACAGACCGAUGAGAAUGGAGAGAAGGUGCUCAAGUUCUACUGGCUGGACGCAUGGGAGGACAAGUUUGUGAAGCCGGGGGUGGUUUACUUGUUUGGGAAGGUGUACGCUAAUCCUUCCAAUAAGAAGGCAGGGUGUGUGUCCUGCUGUCUGGUUGUGAAAAAUGUUAAUAGGAAGCUGUACUUGCUGCCUAGAGAAUAUAAACUGGAUGCAGUAACCCUGGAGGCGACGGACGAGGAGGUGUCGAUGAUGGACGUGUACGAGGAGUUCAACAGCUCCGUGGCCGCCGAGCUGGGCCUCAAGGAGUUCAAGUCGCGGAAGGUGACUCGCAGCUACGCGUUCAACCUGCCUGAUAUACCCGCCAUGUCGGAUUAUUUGGAGGUUAAAUAUGCGGCAACAUUCCCCCCGCCUCCAACCAACAAGAAAUACCGUACAUUCUCACACGUGUUCGGAGCCAACGCGUCUUCCCUCGAAACCUUCCUCCUAGAGCGUAAGAUUAAGGGUCCGUGCUGGCUCGAGGUGCGGGCUCCGGAGAACGUGCAGGCCAAGGUGUCCUGGUGCAAGAUGGAAGCGGCGUCAGACAAGAUGGAGAAUAUCAGUGUGAUUAGAAGCGGCGCGGACUUGGAGCCGCCGCCGGUCGUUAUGGCUACUAUAAAUAUGAGGACUACAAUGGACCCAAAAACUAAGAAGACUAAAAUAUUGAUGCUCAGCUGUUUAGUCCACAAUAACUUCCCGAUACACAAGCCGCCGCCGAACCCGCCGUUCCAGCAACAUUUUUGUGUAAUGACAAAAUGCAACGAAAUCUGGCCUCUGGACCUCAAGCAAGCCCUACCCCAGUUCAAAGCUACCAAACUGACCAAAUGCGACUCUGAACGGGAGCUGCUCAACUACUUCAUGGUGCAGUUCUGGAAGCUGGACGCGGACCUGGUGGUGGGCCACGACCUGCAGGGAUUCCAGCAAGACCUACUUAUUGGGAAUAUUCUGGACCUGCGUAUACCGAACUGGUCGCGCCUCGGCCGCCUCAAGCGCUCGGUGGCGCCGCCGCGGAAGUAUGCGGCUAAAGACGCAUUCCUCGGACGCCUGGUAUGUGACAUCAAGCUGUCAGCCAUGGAGUUAAUCCGCGCGCGCAGUUUCGACCUCGACACGCUCUGCGUCAACGUGCUCAAGAUGAAGGAGGGCGAGCGAACAGACAUCGGCAUUGAAGACCUCCCUAGAUACUAUGAGAACAGCAGGGACUUAUUGCAACUGGUGUCCCUGAGCAUGCAAGAUACGUCGUAUAUUCUGAAGAUAAUGUGCGAAUUGAGCGUCAUACCGCUCGCGCUUCAGAUUACUCAGAUCGCUGGCAACGUGAUGUCGAGGACGCUGAUGGGCGGCAGGUCGGAAAGAAAUGAGUUUUUGCUUCUCCACGCGUUCACAGAGAAAGAUUACAUCGUACCAGACAAGGUGUAUGGCAAGAAAGCAGCUGCCGAGGAAGAUAAUGACGAUGAAGAGAACCCUGGCGGAAAUGUCUCCAAGAAACAAGCUGCUAAAAAGAAAGCUGCCUAUUCCGGAGGUCUAGUCUUAGAUCCAAAGAAAGGGUUUUACGACAAACUUAUCUUACUCAUGGACUUCAACUCCCUGUACCCGAGUAUUAUCCAAGAAUACAAUAUCUGCUUCACAACAAUCAAACGAAAGAGCACAUCGGCCUCAGACGACGAUAUUUCCAACCUAGUUCUGCCGACGUCUAACGUUGAGUUCGGAGUUCUGCCGACACAGAUCAGGAAGCUCGUGGAGAGUCGACGAGAGGUGAAGAAGUUAAUGAAGACUCCCGACCUGGCUCCGGAGCAGUACAUGCAGUACAACAUCCGGCAGAUGGCGCUCAAGCUCACCGCCAACUCGAUGUACGGCUGCCUCGGCUUCACGCACUCGCGUUUCUACGCCAAGCCGCUCGCCGCGCUCGUCACCAUGAAAGGCCGAGAAAUCCUCAUGGACACCAAGGAAAUCGUGCACAAGUCCAACUACGAGGUCGUCUAUGGAGACACGGACAGUCUCAUGAUCAACACCAACUGCCUCGACUACGACUCCGUGUUCAAGAUCGGCAACGACCUCAAGAGAGAGAUCAACAAGAAGUAUCGCCAGAUUGAGCUGGACAUCGAUGGAGUGUUCAGAUAUCUCUUGCUGCUAAAGAAAAAGAAGUAUGCGGCUGUUCUUAUAAGUAAGAAUAAGAGUGGAGACUUUGUGUUCACGCAGGAGCACAAGGGGCUGGACAUCGUGCGGCGCGACUGGUCGCAGCUGGCGGCCGAGGCGGGCAAGUUCAUCCUCACGCAGAUACUGUCAGAACAGACCCCCGACGAGCGGCUCGAGAGCAUCCAGGCUCAUCUGAACAAACUGAAGGACGACUUGGUUAACAACAAAAUGCCGUUAUCAGUGUUGACUAUAACCAAACAACUUACAAAGAAUCCGAAUGAGUAUGCGGAUAAGAACUUGCAGCCGCACGUCCAAGUCGCCCUGAGGCUGAACAGCAAAAACAGCAGAAGAUUCAAGAAGGGAGACAUCGUGCCCUACAUCAUCUGUGAAGACGGCACCGCCAACACGGCCACGCAGAGAGCUUACCACUUGGAGGAGUUGAAAAAUUCAGAAAACCUAAAAGUCGAUUACAAAUACUACUUAGCCCAUCAAUUACAUCCCGUGAUCUCGAGGAUAUGCGAGCCGAUAGAGGGCAUGGACCCGGCGCGCGUCGCCGACUGCCUCGGGCUGGACCCGUCCGGGUACAAACAAAUCACCAGGAAAGACAACACCAACACGGAGACAUACGAGGUUGAAAACGAGCAGGAGAAAUACAGAUAUUGCAAAGAAUUCGUGUUCGUCUGUGUCAACGACAACUGCAAAACCGAGAACCGUGUGAGAGAGACGUUUAUAAAACAAGAGAGCAAAGAAAUUGUGACAUUCCUGGAGAAGUGCCAGAACAAGGCGUGCUGCAUCCGCCCGCUGGACUACUUCGCGUGCGUUCAGAACCAGCUGUCGCUGCAGGUGCGGCAGUUCCACGCGCAGUACUACGCGGGCUGGGUGUCGUGCGAGGACCCGGCCUGCGGGCACCGCACGGCGCGCCUGCCGCAGACCUUCGCCGGCGGCCACCCGCUGUGCCGCCAGUGCGAGAAGGGAGUCAUGUUCAGAGACUACACGGAGAAAGACCUGUACUACCAGCUCAAUUUCUUCUUGUUCCUGUUCGAUCUUCAAAAGCAAAAUACUACGAAAGCAAAACUUCAUCCGCAAAUUGUGUCUGCGUUUCAAGUUCUAAAGGAGAUGAUCGAAGACUGGCUGGCGCACUCCGCCUACUCCAUCAUCAGCCUCUCCAAGUUGUUCAGAUUCUUCGCCAUCGAAUCCAAAAAUGGAGAUAAAGUCAAGACUGAACUGCCCGAAAUAGAUAUAUUACCAGAGACUGAAUAUACUGAUGCGCUAAUGGAAAUGGGAACAUAUUAGAAAAUUUAGUUAUUUUAGGUAUUGUAAUCAUGUAAAGCUAAGAUUUGUAAAUAGUAAGUUAAGAUUAUUUGAAAUAAACAACUUUGGUUAUA